AUGCCAAUAGAGUUGUCCACACCGAGCACGCCAACAGAGUCACCCACACUGAGCACGCCAACGCUGUCUCCAGUGCCAUCGCUGACUACAGAGCCAUCGAUGUCUCCAGAGCCGUCGCUGUCUCCAGUGCCGUCGCUGUCUACAGAGCCAUCGCUGUCUCCAGAGCCGUCGCUGUCUCCAGUGCCGUCGCUGUCUCCAGAGCCAUCGCUGUCUCCGGAGCCAUCGCUGUCUCCAGUGCCGUCACUGUCUUCAGAGCCAUCGCUGUCUCCAGGGCCGUCACUGUCUCCAGUGCCAAGGCUGUCGCCUGCACCCUCACUUCCGCUCGUGCUGAGCGCACCGUCAUUGUCGCCCACACUGAGGGCCCUGCCACUGUCGCCCUCAGUGAAUGCAUCACCUCAGUCAUCCACUUUAAGUGCACCAACACUGUCACCCAUGGUGAGCGCACCGACCCUGUCACGUGCACUGAGCAUGCCAAGACUGUCGCCCGUGAUGAGUGUGUCAAUGCUGUCACAUUCACCGAGCAUGCCAUCACUGUCACCCGUGCUGAGUGCACCAGCACUGUCACCCGCACUGGGACUGUCUCCCCUGCCGUGUGCGCCAAUGAAGUCACCUGCAUUGUCCGCUAGCACUGUUGCCUGCACCGAGUACGCCAAGUGUGACAAUGGUGUCACCUAUGCCAAUACUGUCACCCAUGUGUCUCCAAUGCCAAGGCUGUCGCCUGCACCAUCACUUCCGCUCGUGCUGAGCGCACCGUCAUUGUCGCCCACGCUGAGGGCCCUGCCAUUGUCGCCCUCAGUGAGUGCAUCACCUCAGUCAUCCACUUUAAGUGCACCGACACUGUCACCCAUGGUGAGCGCCCCGACACUGUCACCUGCACUGAGCAUGCCAAGACUGUCGCCCGUGAUGAGUGUGUCAAUGCUGUCACAUUCACCGAGCAUGCCAUCACUGUCACCCGUGCUGAGUGCACCAGCACUGUCACCCACACUGGGACUGUCUACCCUGCCGUGUGCGCCAAUGAAGUCACCUGCAUUGUCCGCUAACACUGUUGCCUGCACCGAGCAUGCCAAGUGUGACAAUGGUGUCACCCAUGCCAAUACUGUCACCCAUACCGACGCUGUCGCAUGUGCCGAGCGUGACAGUGCUGUCGCCUGUGCAGAGUGGGUCAACGCAAUCGCCCGCAGUAGGCAUAUCAAUGCUGUCGGCCGUGCUAAGCGUGCCGACACUGUUGUCCGCACCAAGCGCACCAAAACUGUCGCUCGCACUAAGCGCACCGACACUGUCAUCCGCUCUGAGCCCGCCAGCACAGUUGCCCACGCAGAGAGCACCUGCACUGUCACUCGCGCCGAGCGUGACAGCACUGUCACUCGGGCCAAGUGCACCAACACUGUCGCCCGUGCCAGAAUAACAAACAACCUAGACAAACCGACAGACUUUAGCAUGAAAGGUGGCUUAAAUAUUCUUCCUAAAGGAAGAUUUUCAAAAGAAGAAGAAGAAGGUAUUUCUAAUGAUGAAGUGUCAGGGAGACCUCAAGAUAAAACUGCUGCUGCUGAUAAUAUAUCAGACACACCUCUCUCUGAACCCGUCAGUCUGCUUCUUUCAGAUGGUCAGUGGGCAGAUGAUGGCAUUACUGCUUCACAGCUUCUAGUUCUUAGAGAAUCGCAUGGAAUUCAAAUUUAG